UUCCUGUCCGCGAGCCCCGGUUUGGUGGGGACGAGCUUAAUCGCCGAUCUCGAACUCGAACGGCGAUCAGUCGUCCGCAGACGUUAGUGGGACCUCCGUCGCGGUAUACAUAUAUUAUCUUUUUUAGACUAGGCCCUAGAGACACGCUUAACCAUGUCUGACGAAGAAGAAGUGUACACUGAUUCCGAAGAGGAAACGCAACCGGAGCCUGAAAAAAGCAAAGAUGGAGAUGGAGAUCCCGAAUUCGUUAAGAGGCAAGAAUUAAAAUCCUCAGCCUUAGACGAACAGCUUAAAGAGUACAUUCAAGAAUGGCGCAAACAACGGUCAAAGGAAGAAGACGACUUAAAGAAGUUGAAGGAAAAACAGGCCAAGCGCAAGGUGAUGCGAGCGGAAGAAGAGAAGAGAAUGGCCGAGAGAAAGAAGCAAGAAGAAGAGCGCAGACAAAGAGAAGUGGAAGAAAAGAAACAGAAGGACAUCGAAGAAAAACGUAAACGCCUGGAAGAGGCUGAGAAAAAACGUCAAGCUAUGAUGGCUGCCCUUAAGGAGCAAACCAAUAAAUCGAAAGGACCCAACUUCACCAUCAGCAAAAAAGAAGGCGCGUUGAGUAUGACAUCUGCCCAACUUGAACGCAACAAGACCAGAGAACAGAUCGAAGAAGAAAAGAAAAUAUCGUUGAGCUUCAGAAUUAAACCAUUGAACAUCGAAGGUUUCUCUGUGCAAAAACUCCAAUUCAAAGCCACUGAACUCUGGGACCAGAUCAUCAAGCUGGAAACAGAAAAGUACGAUUUGGAGGAAAGGCAGAAGAGACAAGAUUACGACUUGAAAGAGUUGAAAGAACGUCAGAAGCAACAACUCCGCCACAAGGCUCUGAAGAAGGGUCUUGACCCUGAAGCCCUUACCGGCAAAUACCCACCCAAGAUCCAAGUCGCUUCCAAGUACGAGAGGCGAGUGGACACGAGGUCCUAUGACGACAAAAAGAAGCUGUUCGAAGGAGGUCUGGAAGAGAUGAUAGGCGAAAAGUCCGAGUCUAACUGGAAUCGUAAAUACGAACAAUUCAUGAAAAGAAGUAGAAGACGGCUACCGAAAUGGUUCGGCGAACGUCCGGGCAAAAAGAAGGAUGACCCAGACACACCCGAAGAGGAAGAACUCAAGAAGAACGAGGAAGACGAAGAACCGUUCCUCCUUGACGACGAAGAAGCUGAGGAAGAAGUCGAAGAGGAAGAAGAGGAGGAAGAAGAAGAGGAAGAGGAGGAAGAAGAGGAAGAAGAAGAAGAAGAAGAGGAAGAGGAAGAGGAAGAGGAAGAGGAAGAAUAAUAAUGAUAAUUCCGCAAAAAAAAUAUCUGAAAGACCAAUUUCAAAAAAAUAAAAACCACGAAUGAAAUGAAUUUAACUUAUAUACUUCUGCCUCAAUGUAAAAAAAUAUAUUAAAUGAAUAAUUGUACCAUUUAAAUACUGUUUGUUUGUACAGGACAAAAGAUUAACAAUAAACAUUUGAGGAUGAAGCUUAUAGAUUAUUAAGUAUUUAAGUAUAAUAUAUUAAUAUAUAUAGGUAUUUAUUUAUAUGGACGACAAUCGACAAUAUUAUUGGCGCGGACGGGACAUAUUAUUGUCAAUCCCGUUAUUGUCCUUUAUAUAAUUUAUUAAAAAACUUGUGAAUUUAAA